AUAUGCAGUAUGGUUGGUAUCAGAAAGGCAAGGAGUGUUUUGCUGUUUUUUGUCUUGUUUAUUACAAUUUUGGUGGUGCGUCAAGUUGGGCACCGAUUAUCAGUCAAGGAAGAGGUUAGGGAAAAGAAGACUCCAGUUAUGAGGAAUCCAUUAGAAGAUUUGGUUGUCAUUGUUAGAGAGUUUGAAAGUUUUGAUAAUGAUGUAGGCGAGACUGUUGAUUCUGUUCUCAGUGCUUGUGGUGCUGUAUGUAAGAUUCUGGUGGUGACUGAUGACACUGUAUACCCACCUUUGCACUUAACGAGACAUGUGUCAUCGGUGGUUCUCAAUCCAGGGUUGCUCAGGCAUCGUCCAAAUCUUCGAGGUUUCUUAACUGGUGCAAAAUAUGUCCUCCUUUUGCCAGAUGGUGCUCGGUGUUCGUCGUCUACACAGUUAGUGGAUCUCAUACAUUUAUUAAAUACUGGAGAUUCAAAGGUUGUAGCAGUAGGUGUAGGUGGCUCACCAUUAAUAUGCCACCGCUACACUCUUAACAUACAAGCAUGGACACUCACAAUAGCUCCUGCUCCCCAAAGUGAAGCUUGUGAUGCAGUUAGUGGACGUGCAGCCUUGCUAAUGAAAACUAGCAGUCUUUUACAGCUGACUCAUCCUCUGGCACGCCCUGUCGCCCUGAGUAUUGGUAUCCAAGGUGCAGCACGUGCAUGGAAAGUGCAUGUUAGUCGGGGUGGUCUGCUUGGGGAGGGCCGACAACUUUAUGCCAAUGACCACCUACAGUGGAAACGAGACACUGUUGAAGAGGAACGGAAACGUGCUCUUUUUGCUGAGUUAGGUGUUAAAAAAGUUGUAACCACAGGUGGUAAAGUGCUUUGGUAUGGAUGCAGUCGUAAAACACCUCGAUGCUUUCCUACCGUGAUAGAUGAUACACCAGACUAUCUGUAUGUGGGACGCUGGACGCCACCAUGUUGCUUAGAAGGGUUAAGAACCACUGCACGACAUGUCUUCCAGGUGCUAAGGGGAUGCCGAGCACGUUGGUGGCUCGAGGGAGGGUCUUUGUUGGGUGCUGUACGAAGUGGAGAUAUUAUCCCCUGGGACUAUGAUGUAGAUGUGGGCAUUUACUCUCAGGAUGUUGAUCGUUGUCCACAACUGAAGGCAGCACGUUGGCAGACAUUAGAAGAUACUGAUGGUUUUGUGUGGCAGAGAGCUUCAGAAGGUGGGUUUUUCCGAGUACACUACAGCACUGCAAAUCAUUUACAUGUUGAUGUGUUUCCAUUUACCCCACGAGGGGGCACCAUGACACGAGGUGGUGCUUGGACCACGGGUCAUCGUCAGGAUAUAGAUUUUCCAGAGCACUUCUUGAGACCACUUGCAUCGGUGAAUUUUGCUGGAGUAAUGGCCUCAGCACCCAAUAAUGUCCGAGACUUUCUUGAGCUCAAAUUUGGUGCGGGAGUGAUUGAAACUCCUCAGUAUCCCAAUCCAGAUGUUCGCCUUCCACAUAAUAUAUCAGUGCUGACUUAAAGGUAAUUGUUCCUUUGAUAAAAAGUUAUGGGUUGUUUUUAUUGGCCUCAUUUUGUGAUUUGUUUAGGCUGGUGCUGUCGUGUACAUAAAUAAAACGUACAGUGCUGUAUUCUUUUGUCAGUGAUGGAUCUCAUCUCUUUUAUGUACAGAGUAGAGCUACUGUGUUGUGUUGUCUUCCAUUCGUGGCUAGUUAAAAGUGUCCUGAUAUUAGAAUAUUUUUUUAAUGAACCUGCUUACUUCCAUGCAAUCAAAAAUUGUUGAUUUAGUGUAUGAAUGUAUUAAGCUGUGUAGUUGCUUUUGAUUUUCUUUUACCAUAAGUAUGGUGCAAGUCAAUAUAUCUUAUCUUUGAAGACCAUCAUCACCGGGUACAUUCAUGACCUUCGAUAUGGUCAAUCCUAUCUCUGGUAACAAUGGAAAGAAUUUUAUACAUAUUUCUAUGAAAAGUGCUGAUUGAUCUGGUAUCCAUAGGUUAUUAAUUUUAGUGAUACAGUAAUUGUUUUUUAUAAGAAUUUUUUACAACUUUUCUAUACCACUGUUUUAUCUGUUGUUAUUUAAAAAUUCUGUCUUAGAGUAUAGGAUGUAGCAGCCAACAUUAGGAACAAGAUUCAAAAGUUAUCAGGUGUGGAUUUGUAAUGUAUAUUUCCUGUACCUCAGCCUGGCAAGUUAAUGGACUGCAGUGAUGUACAGUACAGGUGCUCCUCUACUUCAGAAAGUUCAACUUACAAACUUUCAGAGAUACAAACAUCAUCACUGAGGGGAGUUACCUGCCAGAACAGGUGUUUAAUGUGGAUGAGAC